CACCUGCCACCAUGUCGCCGCCGCCGGGUCAUGUCUGACUCUCUCUGGACCGCGCUUUCCAAUUUCUCGAUGCCCUCCUUCCCCGGCGGCAGCAUGUUCCGCCGCACCAAGAGCUGCCGCACCAGUAAUCGGAAAAGCCUCAUCUUGACCAGCACUUCACCCACGCUGCCACGGCCCCACUCUCCACUGCCGGGCCACCUGGGUAGUAGUCCCCUGGACAGCCCUCGCAACUUCUCCCCCAACACCCCUGCCCACUUCUCAUUCGCCUCCUCCCGAAGGGCGGAUGGACGACGUUGGUCUCUGGCCUCACUCCCUUCUUCUGGCUAUGGCACCAACACACCCAGCUCCACAGUCUCGUCUUCCUGCUCCUCUCAGGAGCGCUUGCACCAGCUGCCCUACCAGCCCACGGUGGAUGAACUCCACUUCCUCUCUAAACACUUCGGCAGCACAGAGAGUAUCACUGAUGAGGAUGGCGGCCGACGCUCCCCGGCCGUGCGGCCCCGCUCCCGGAGCCUCAGCCCCGGGCGCUCCCCCUCCUCCUAUGACAAUGAGAUCGUGAUGAUGAACCAUGUUUAUAAGGAGAGGUUUCCGAAGGCCACAGCGCAGAUGGAAGAAAAACUGCGAGACUUCACCCGGGCCUAUGAGCCCGACAGCGUGCUGCCGCUGGCUGACGGGGUGCUCAGUUUCAUCCAUCACCAGAUUAUCGAGCUGGCCCGGGACUGUCUGGCCAAGUCCCGUGACGGCCUCAUCACCACCGUCUACUUCUACGAAUUGCAGGAGAACUUGGAGAAGCUACUGCAGGACGCCUAUGAGCGAUCUGAGAGCUUGGAGGUGGCCUUCGUUACUCAGCUGGUGAAGAAGUUGCUAAUUAUCAUCUCCCGCCCAGGUCGUAGCACCACCAGCAAGGCCAAGAAACCUCCUGGGGAAAAUGACUUUGAGACCAUCAAACUCAUAAGCAAUGGUGCCUACGGUGCUGUCUACCUUGUGCGGCACCGCGACACACGGCAGCGCUUUGCUAUGAAGAAGAUCAACAAGCAGAACUUGAUCCUACGUAACCAGAUCCAGCAGGCUUUCGUCGAGCGUGACAUCCUCACCUUUGCUGAGAACCCCUUUGUGGUUGGCAUGUUCUGUUCCUUUGAGACCCGGCGCCACCUCUGCAUGGUCAUGGAAUAUGUGGAAGGUGGAGACUGCGCCACCUUGUUGAAGAACAUCGGGGCCCUGCCCGUGGAGAUGGCCCGUAUGUACUUUGCUGAGACGGUGCUAGCGCUGGAGUACUUGCACAACUAUGGAAUUGUGCACCGCGAUCUCAAACCUGACAACCUUCUCAUCACUUCCAUGGGUCACAUAAAGCUGACAGAUUUUGGCCUUUCCAAGAUGGGACUCAUGAGCCUCACUACCAAUCUGUAUGAAGGCCACAUUGAGAAGGACGCCCGGGAAUUCCUGGAUAAACAGGUAUGCGGGACCCCGGAGUACAUCGCCCCCGAGGUCAUCCUGCGCCAGGGUUACGGCAAGCCGGUGGACUGGUGGGCCAUGGGCAUCAUCCUCUACGAAUUCCUGGUGGGCUGUGUGCCCUUCUUUGGAGACACCCCCGAAGAGCUUUUUGGACAGGUCAUCAGUGAUGACAUUCUAUGGCCUGAGGGAGACGAGGCCCUGCCCACAGAUGCCCAACUUCUGAUAUCCAGCCUCCUGCAGACCAACCCUCUGGUCCGACUUGGGGCAGGCGGAGCCUUUGAGGUGAAACAGCACAGUUUCUUUCGAGACCUGGACUGGACAGGUUUGCUGAGGCAGAAGGCUGAGUUUAUACCUCACCUGGAGUCUGAGGAUGACACCAGCUACUUUGACACCCGCUCAGACAGGUAUCAUCACGUGAACUCAUAUGACGAGGAUGACACAACAGAGGAGGAGCCCGUGGAGAUUCGCCAGUUCUCCUCCUGCUCUCCACGUUUCAGCAAGGUGUACAGCAGUAUGGAGCAGUUGUCGCAACAUGAGCCCAAGACGCCGGUGACCACAGCAGGGGCCAAUAAGCGGGAUCCCAGCAGCAAGGGUCCGGAGGAAAAGGUGGCCGGCAAGCGGGAAGGACUGGGCGGCCUGACCCUGCGUGAGAAGACCUGGAGAGGGGGCUCCCCGGAGAUCAAGCGCUUCUCAGCAUCUGAGGCUAGUUUCCUGGAGGGGGAAGCCAGCCCCCCACUCGGGGCACGCCGCCGCUUUUCAGCCUUACUAGAGCCCAGCCGCUUCAGCUCCCCUCAAGAGGAUGAGGAUGAGGCAAGGCUCCGCAGGCCUCCCCGCCCCAGCUCAGAUCCCCCAGGCUCGCUGGAUACACGGGCCUCUAAGGAGGUAGCUCCAGGGGACUGCAACCCCAGCUCCGGUGACCCUGAUGCCACUGAUCGUGCUCGCUCAGGAGACCUCUGUCCAUCCCUGAAGGAUGGAGACCCAUCAGCUCCUAGGGCUACCAAUGAUCUGGUUCUGCGAAGGGCGAGGCACCAACUGUCAGGAGAUCCUGCAGUAGAGAAGCGGCCUUCCCGAACUGGGGGCAAAGUCAUCAAGUCAGCCUCAGCCACUGCCUUGUCUGUCAUGAUUCCUGCAGUGGACCCACAUGGCAGCUCACCCCUGGCCAGUCCCAUGUCCCCACGAUCUCUGUCCUCUAACCCGUCUUCAAGGGAUUCCUCACCCAGCCGCGACUACUCACCAGCUGUCAGUGGGCUCCGUUCCCCCAUCACCAUCCAACGCUCAGGCAAGAAGUAUGGCUUCACACUGCGUGCCAUUCGUGUCUACAUGGGUGAUUCAGAUGUCUACAGUGUCCAUCACAUUGUCUGGCAUGUAGAAGAGGGGGGCCCAGCCCAGGAGGCGGGGCUCUGUGCUGGGGACCUCAUCACCCAUGUGAAUGGGGAGCCUGUGCAUGGGAUGGUACAUCCUGAGGUCGUGGAGCUGAUCCUCAAGAGCGGCAACAAGGUAGCGGUGACCACAACACCUUUCGAGAAUACCUCCAUCCGCAUCGGCCCGGCACGCCGUAGCAGCUACAAGGCCAAGAUGGCUAGGCGGAACAAGCGGCCUUCUGCUAAGGAAGGCCAGGAGAGCAAGAAGCGCAGCUCCCUCUUCCGGAAGAUCACGAAGCAGUCAAAUCUGCUGCACACUAGCCGCUCACUGUCAUCUCUGAACCGCUCGCUGUCGUCCAGCGAUAGCCUCCCGGGUUCACCCACGCACGGGCUGCCGGCGCGCUCGCCCACGCACAGCUACCGCUCCACACCUGACUCCGCCUACUUAGGCGCCUCAUCACAGAGCAGUUCGCCUGCCUCAAGCACGCCCAACUCGCCGGCGUCGUCAGCGUCGCACCACAUUCGGCCCAGCACGCUGCACGGCCUCUCUCCGAAGCUACACCGCCAGUACCGCUCUGCGCGCUGCAAGUCGGCUGGCAACAUUCCGCUGUCACCCCUGGCGCACACACCUUCCCCGACGCAGGCGUCGCCACCACCACUGCCAGGCCACACGGUGGGCAGUUCGCAUACGACACAGAGCUUCCCGGCCAAGCUGCACUCAUCACCGCCUGUCGUGCGCCCACGCCCCAAGAGCGCAGAGCCGCCCCGCUCACCACUCCUCAAGCGCGUGCAGUCAGCCGAGAAGCUGGGAGCUUCGCUGGGCGCCGACAAGAAGGGUGCACUGCGGAAACACAGCCUCGAGGUGGGCCACCCGGAUUUCCGCAAGGACUUCCACGGUGAGCUGGCGCUACAUAGCCUCGCCGAAUCAGACGGCGAGACGCCCCCAAUUGAGGGGCCUGGAGCGUCCCGGCAGGUUGCAGUCCGCCGCCUGGGUCGCCAGGAGUCGCCCUUGAGUCUGGGUUCAGACCCACUGCAGCCCGAGGGAGCCCCCAGGCCGCUGGCCUCCAGCAAGGAGGAGUCCCCAGGUGGCCCUGAGGCUUGUACCCCACCCCGAGCGACCACCCCAGGAAGUCGGACCCUGGAUCGCGAUGCCAGCAGCACGCGGCAUCAGAGCGUGCAGACCGAGGACGGCACGGGUGGGGUAGCCAGGGGUGUAGCCAAGGCCGCAUUGAGUCCGGUUCAGGAACACGAGACUGGCCGGCGCAGUAGCUCUGGUGAGGCUGGCACACCCCCAGUGCCCAUCGUUGUGGAGCCUGCCCGGCUGGGGGCUAAAUCCGAGGCGACCCCAUCUCCGAGCUCAGACUUCAAGGGGCUGCAACAACCUGUGCCCCUGACGACUCCAGUACCCGAGGCGUCCCGAGGCAGGGAGCGCUGGGUACUGGAGGUGGUAGAGGAGCGGACCACGCUGAGUGCACCUCGCUCCAAACCCGCCUCCACUAAACUCUCCCCAGAACCCCAGACUCCUGUUCUAACCCCAUCAAAGAAUGUGCCCAGCAACACAGGGUCCCCAGCCCCACCCGCUUCUCUACUGGUCCCGGGGACUAAGUCUGAGGUGGGGCUGCCCUCACGGUGCCCUGUUGAAACUGUGCCUCCUCCAGGCCUGACAAAAAAAGGGGCACCCUGCCCUGCACCUCCAGGUCCAUAG